AGCCAAUCAGAAGGCAGAAGGUGGGACGCUCUGGGCAAAAACGGAACCAGUGUGAAGUUUCAGUCAGAAUUACAGCCUCAGUGCGUUUAUUUAACUGUAAUGAUAUAAAAUGCAGCAUAAUGAAGCGUUUACUGUUUUAUUAUCUUGCAGUUUGCUGAUGUUUUACGUCACACACGGAGUUUUAACGGAUUUCUCUGAGGAGCUUCACAACACCAAAGGACUCACAUUACAGCUGCUGAAUCAUCUGUUUAAUCAGAGUUACUACACUGAAGCGGAUUAUUUACAGGCCUGGAUCAAUUUACAAUACUCGUUGAAGCGCCAGACUUUUCUCAACUCGCGCUCGAGGGAUCUGAAGCACGCGGCUGUAUACGGAGUGAAUCAGUUCUCCGUCUUCUCGACUCAGCAGUUUAAAGAUCUUUAUCUCCGAGCUCAUCCAGACAAAGUGCCCAGGUACAGAUUUUUCCAACAUGGCCGCCUCGGAGCAUCUAAUUAUCCUCGGAAGUUCGACUGGAGGGAUCAUGGAGCUGUCGGUCCUGUUUACAAUCAGAAAUCGUGCGGCGCGUGCUGGGCGUUCAGCGUGGUCUCUGCGGUCGAGUCGGUGCGAGUGAAAGACGGGGGAAAGUUUCAGGAGCUCAGCGUCCAGCAGGUUAUAGACUGUGCGUAUAAAAGUCAGGGAUGUGACGGAGGGUCGACUGUUAGCACACUGCACUGGCUGAAACAGAGCGGAGAGAAGCUGGUGAACGAGACGGAGUAUCCGUACAAAGCGGAGACCGGAGUGUGUCAGAUUUUCCCUCGGAGUGACGGCGGCGUGUCGGUGAAGGAUUACGCUGCCUUCGACUUCAGUGGACAGGAGGAGGAGAUGAGCAGGAGGUUAGUGGACUGGGGGCCGUUGGUGGUUAUAGUAGACGCAGUGAGCUGGCAGGAUUAUCAGGGAGGAAUCAUUCAACACCACUGUUCUCCUGGACACGCUAAUCACGCCGUACUCAUCACCGGCUACGAUACUACAGGCGAGGUGCCGUUUUGGAUUGUGCGUAACUCGUGGGGAACGGCGUGGGGUGAUGAGGGAUACGUCUACGUUAAAAUGGGGGAAAACAUGUGCGGAGUCGCAGACAGCGUGGCGGCGGUGUUCCUCUGAGUGGCUUUUAUUUUCAGCCAGAAAAACACUUUUAGCUUCAAUUCAGAGAGAAGAUGUUUACGAUUAUUUUCCUUUUUCUGAUUUGUAAAAAAAAAAAAAAAGAACUAUUUUUAUAAAACUUUCUUGUUUUAUUAUUUUCAUGUAUGAAAUAUUCAGAAUGUCUAUUUUUUCAGCACUUUUCUAUAAACUAAAUUGACACAAUUUUCUG